AGUGUAGCCCCUCAGUGCCACCUGUCAGUGUCCAUUAAUGCCACCUGUCAGUGCCCAUCAAUGCCACCUGUCAGUGCCUACCAGUGCACAUCAAUGCCACACAACAGUGCCCAUUCAGAGCUGCCUUUCAAUGCCACCCAUCAGUGCUGCCAAUCAGUGCCACCUAACAGUGCCAGUCAGUGCCACCUAAUAGUGCCAGUCAGUGCUGCCUAUCAGUGCCAUCAGUGCAGCCUUAUUAGCACAUAUCAGUGAAGGAGAAAAAUCGCUUAUUUACAACAUUUU